CUAGUACGAAAUAUCAUUUAAUGAUGAAAUUCCGUCCAAGAUGAUAUUGCAUGUUUCAUUAAUUUUCAAACCGUGUUUUGUAAACUGUCACCUGCAUCGUCGCUACGAUUUCAACUCUGAUAAUGCCCUAAAUUCUGCGCAUUGUUUGUUUAGUUAAAUCGUACCGUUUUCAUUUGCCAACUGAUGAAAAUAUUCUCUGAAACUACGCAACGUAAAUAAAUUACUGUAUCAUGACCAAGACCGGGUUGCUAAUUUGUUCGAAUCCGUUUCGUUUGCUACGCAUAUUUCCACAAAUACAAUGCCAUGUACAGAACACGUUGUACGUCCAUUUCUGUCCUCUUCCGGUGUUGGAUAAGAAAGCGGUGCGCCACAGGCUCACUAUAAUCGACGCUUACAAAAAUCUGAACAUCAUAAACGUCGACGUGCGUAUUCUUUUAUGUGGUCUUAAAGGCACGCUUGGUUCGCAAAUUGCCACAAAACGGCCAGUAGACGUUAUUUUCUACGAUGAUCACAUAAAGUCUGAAGAACUUGAUAGUGUAGUGUCUUCCCUGAGUAACAAGUCUCCUGAUUUCAAGACCGUGUUUGUUCAGCCAAAUGAAGACAGUGACAGUUCAAUUGAUAUGAAAGAAAAUACCCAAUACAACAAAGUGGAAAGUAAACUAUUUGAAAAUGUUGUUUUGGGUGGAACUUUUGAUCGAUUGCACAAUGGUCACAAGAUAUUGUUGAGUACAGCUGCAUUGAAAUGUACCAAAAAAUUAACUGUGGGUGUAACGGAUAUUAUCAUGUUAAAAUCAAAAAAAUUAUGGGAAAUUAUUGAGCCUUGUAGUACUAGAAUUAGUAAUGUUGAAGGAUUUUUGAAAGACAUUGAUCCAACAUUAGAAUAUGAUGUAUUACCUAUUUAUGACAUUUAUGGUCCAACAAUCCAUGAUCCUGCAUUUGAGAUGAUUAUUUUGAGUGAAGAAACUAUGAAAGGUGGAGAGUUAAUUAAUGAAAAAAGACUAAAUGCUGGAUUGCAACCGCUUGAAAUAUUACCUUUGCCAUUACUUGAAGAAAAAAAGUCAACAGUAGAUUGCUGCCAAGAAGAAGAAAACAAAAUUAGCUCAAGCAAUUAUCGCAUGAGAUUAUUAGGCACUGUUUUAAAAUCACCACAACCUAAUACCAAUAUUCCUGCAACUCCUUACGUUAUUGGAUUAACUGGUGGGAUCGCAAGUGGCAAAUCAUCUAUUUCUAAUUAUUUGAAAGAACUUGGAGCGUAUGUAAUAAAUGCUGAUACUCUAGCGCAUGGACUUUACGAUAUAAAUCAGCCUGCGUAUCAACCUAUUAUUGAUACUUUUGGUUCCGCCAUACUCAAUGUAAAUAAUGAAGUUGACCGAAAAAAAUUAGGUGCCAUAGUUUUUACUAGUAAGGAUAAACUGGAUCAGUUAAAUCAAAUAAUGUGGCCCUUAAUCUUACAAAAAAUUAAAAUAUUAAUCGAAUCAGUUAAGGAUCAUAAUAUAGUUGUAUUGGAAGCAGCUGUUCUUUUAACAGCAAAUUGGCAAGUCCAUUGCCAUGAAAUUUGGGUUUCAAUUAUUCCAGAAGUCGAGGCUAUUAAAAGACUUCAAGAGCGGAAUCAUCUCAGCGAAAUAGAUUCUCGCAACCGAAUUAAUUCACAACCUUUAAAUUCUGAAUAUGUUAAGAAUGCAAAUGUUUUAUUUUCUACAUUAUGGAGUUAUGACUGUACUCGUAUACAAAUUAGAAGGGCAUGGAAUAACCUUUUGAUUAGAGUUUCUAAAAUACACCGAUUUCAAUAAA